AUGCGCCUCCGCUCCCCACUAUCAUCCGUCCCCGCGAAUCGGGGGGACGGCCAGGCCGCUGACGCCGACUUCCUGCUUGACUCGUGGCUCGGGGCGCUGCGGGACCUCGGUGGAGACCGCGGGUGGCAGCAGCCAGGCAUUGGGAAGAUCCGUGUCGACCGGGCAUUAGAUCGAGCAUGUCGGGUUGUCGGGGUGGUGACGCUGUGCACGCCAAAUGGAUACGGCGAUCUCAUGCUGAAUCUGAAGGACCCAUCUGGUACUAUUGAUGCAUCAGUUCACAAGAAAGUUCUAUCAAAUGAAAACCUUUCAAAGGGUUUAUCAGUUGGGUCUGUCAUUGUUCUCAAACAGGUGGCUGUUCUUCGCCCUUCUAGUACAGUGUGCUAUCUGAAUGUUACCCAGAAAAACGUUGAAAAGGUAUUGUUCGUACACUUACAUAUUAUACUUUUAUAG